AUGGCUGACCCACUACGUGGUGUUUCUGGCUUUGUGCAUGUUCUAGAGACCAACGAUGAGGGAAAGAAGAAAUUCAAAUUUAAAGCCUUGAGGAACUUUUUUGGCAAGAAGAAGAAAAAGGCUGAAGCUAUCCAGGGAGGGAGCGUGCUGAAACCCAAAUUGCCCAACAGCAAUAUUAACAUCACUCCUCUGAAACCACUUCCGGAGGGUCACCAGAUUGAGCCUCAGGUCAAGAGACUCCUAGGGAACAAAGCUCUGUCCCACGACAGCAUCUUCAUGUUGAACCCUGAGCGCGAAAAAUCAGCAAUUAAAUUAUACUCCUCUCCAGGACCACACAGAGGCAGAACAAUGCAGAGAAGAUAUAACAUUUCCAGAACUCUACCUAGAACUGGGCCUGGUAGUACACAUGGAGAUCUUUCUGGAAUUGUAUUUGGAUCUGUGCCUUCAUGUUCACCCAGAAGUGGAAUCUGGGCUGCGGGCACCAAGAUGACUGAGGUCCCACCAGUGCAUUCACGCCAGCCCAGCAUCAGUUCUACUCUUAUCCAGUCUGACACCAUCACUGAGGACCCUGAAGAAAUUGCUGUGGAUAAUGAGUCACCUAAGAACCUACAAAAGAGGACUUUGCCACAGGUCUUGACUUUGAAGAAGAGCUCCUCUGAGUCAAUAUCCAGACCACCUUCCUUGGAUGAAGUGGCUAUGCCUGACUCUCCCAGCAGCAUGCUGCCGUCUACUAGCUUCAAGACCCCAGCCAACACCCACGGCGGUUUGGAUACUUCAGCUCCUCAACACAAGAUGCCUUUAAGCUCCCGAAGACAAAAGAAAUACCCUCAGACAACUGUAAAAACAAGGCUGGAGGAGCCAAGUCUGCUGGUUUCUGAGGAGAAGGGCACAACCGUGCCCCAAGGGCCUGAGCAAAAGAAGCUGAAUAAAGACAGCGCAGGUUCCUCAAAGCAGGAGCAGAGCAACAAAACCGAGAUUUGGGAUAAGAAGACAAUAGAUCAGGCUGCAAACAUAGACAAUGCUGGGAGUUUGGGCUCGCCCUUGUCAGAGCCCUUUGGAAGAAAACAUGGAAGAAAAGGACCAAGUCCUUCAGAAACAAGUGAGAGUGGAUCCAGAGGAAGAAAUGUAAGACUGUCCAGUCUGAGGCUUGGCCUAGGUGACAGAGGUGGCUCUCUGCCUGCUGAUAAAACUGCCAGUGAUGCUCCAGUCUGGACCCAGUCCUUGGAGAAGCUGAACGUGGAGCAACCCCCAAUUCCACAAGCAGAAACUACUAGCCCUCAGGAGUUUCUCUCAGACCAAGAUGGCAUGGGAAUGAGAAAUGCUGGUACAGAUAUUGAAGGCAGAAAAGUGUCAGCAUCACCAUUCAUAUCUGAGGACGUGGUGUGUUCACUAGUUAGUGGUCCACGACUGUACCAUGAAGAAGAGGCUUCUGGAAGCAAGAAAGCAGUAAGCAGAGCGUCUUACUUACCAGUGGUGGAAAGCCUGCCUACCUCCCAAGAUGUUUUCUCAAUGGCAGUGGAGGUUCAGGUGUUUGUAGAUCCUUCUCAUUUCCAGUCAGAGGAGCACGACAGAUCCAGCUUUGAUUCACAAAAUGUCCGAUUUGAAAUGGAGUCAGUUGAAGAUAUUACAAGUAAUUGCAAAGAAAAGCCACCUGGAAAUGUUCUCCAGGCCCUUACAGCAAGUGCUUCAGCUGCUGCACAUGCUGUAGCUGAGGGAGGCAUUGCUAUGGCCGAGAGGCAGCAUCUCAGAAGCCUUUCCCAGUCCUUGGGGAGCCUCGAAGUUGAAGUCUCAGACUCAGAAAAUACUUCUGAGAUGGAGGAUGAUUCUGACCAACCACUCACUUCUGAAUGCUCUUUAGAGUCUUUCGAGAUGCGUGACCAUGAAGUUUCCACAGAAUUAGAAAGUUUAGCUGUGAAAGCAGGUUAUUCCAAGCAGCAGCUGGCUCCUAAACAUUCUUCCCAGCCCACGGGUAUGCACCAGGCUGACUGCAACUUAAGUUCUGAGAGUGGUUCAGUGAAGAUUGAUUCUGAGCAGCAGCUGGCCUUACGGAAGCCUAAAGAUAACCCAGAAGUCAUCACAGCAUCGGAGAGCUUCAUAGUGCAGUCAAGCACUUCUGAUAAGCAGGCUUUGGGGAGGUCUGAAAACAAAGUCUCCACAAAAGCAAACAAAUGUGUUGAAAAGUACCACCGUUCUGAGGACUGGAGCAGCUCAGAAGGAGAUCUGCUUCUCAGGCCCCCUUCUCACAUCUUGCGGAACCCUAAACGCCAAGUAGUCUCAUUUUUAAAGGACAUACCUGAGGAAAACAGUGACCCCAUGCAGACACUUCCUCCCACACACCCUUCUGAACCCUUUGUGAGACUGAAUGCUCAGCAACAUGUCUCCUCAGGUGCAGUGAGUGCGUCUACAAAAUGGAGUGUUCUAGCGCGGUCUCCCAAACACCUUUCCCAGUCCUGGCUGAGCCCCAAAGUUGAGCAGGAAGCCUCUGCGGAUCCAGAGAGAGCUGCUGUUGACUGGAGCGUCUGUAUAGAGCCACUGCCUCCCAGAAUCUUUUCCAAGCGCCAGAGGAGACCUAAAAUUGGUCAAGAAGUCUCAGAUUCAAAAGGUCCAGAAGUUCCUACUCCCGAAAGGGUUGCUUCUGUGGAUCUUCUGUCUCCAAAACAUUCUUCUCAGUCUCCAAUUAAGCCAAUAGCUGAGCAAAAGAUCUCUGCAGGUCCAGAGAGCAUGGCUGUUGGGAGAAACAUUUCCACGGAGCUGUUGCUCCCUAGCGGUCCUUCUCAGCUCUCGGUGAGAACAGUGGUUGGACAGCACGUCCUGGGGGCAGACUGCGCUGUGGUUGAGCACAGGAGUUCUGCGGAGCCCUCACUUCCCAGACAGACUUCCCAGUCUCUGAUGAGGUCUCUAGCCCAGCAACAAGUCUCUGCAGGCCCAGAGUGCACUGCUUCUGGGCGGAGCAUUUCUAUGGAGCCACUACCUCCCAGAAACCCUUUACCACCAAGGGUGAGCCCUAAAUUUGGGCCAAAAUCUUCAUUUCCAGAGAGCACAGCUAUUGAAGGACACGUUUCUAUGGAGCCUGUGCCUCCUGCAGUUCUGGCCCAGUCCUUGAUGAACCCAGUAAGACAAAGUGUGUUUUCAGGUUUAGAGGGUGCAGCUGACAGUGUCAUUAUGGCAGAGCCACUCCUUCCUCAGGGUGCUCUCCGGUCUGUGGAAACUCCUCAAGCCCAGCAUGGCUUCUCAGAGGACACUGCCAUUGGUGGGGAAAUGUUUGUGGGGCUACCGCCUCCCACAGGCUCUCUCCAGCCCUUGGUGAAGCCGACCUUCCCGCCACAGGUCAGGACCUCCAAAGCAGCAAGCGCUUUCACAGAAUGGUGCCGUCCUGUGGAGCCAAUGCCUCCCACACACAUUUUCCAACCAUGGGUGAGCCCUAAAUUUGACUCACAGGUCUCUGCAGAGAGUGUGGCCAUUGAGUGGGGCAUUUCUCUGGAACCACUGCCUCCCAGAAUGCCUAGUCAGCGCCUUAUGAGACCGGUUGGCAAGCAAGAAGUCGCCUCAGGUUCAGUGAGUGCUUCUGCAGAGUGGGACACUACUGAGAAGCCACUGCCCCCAAGGGGCACUUUCCAACCCCAGAUGAGCCUCAAGUUUGAGCAACAAGUCUCUGCAGGUGCAGAGAGCACCAGGAGUGUUUCUAUGGAGCAAACAAGUUCCAGAAAGCCUUCUAAGUCCCUAAUGAAAACAGCAGUGAAACAACCAACCUCUUCAGGUCCAGAGAGUGUUACUGUCGAGAGGGGUAUAGCUGAAGAGCCACUGCCUCCCAGACACUCCUGGUCCAGUAUGAGACAUAAAGUCUACCAAGCAUCCUCUAGUUUUCAGAGUGCCACCGUGGAAGGAGUUUCUAGAGCCUCAGUGACCACCAAGAAUCCCACCCAGUACUUCAUGAAGCCUAAAAUUCAGCAAAUAUCAUCACAUCUGGAGAACAUUGCUGCUGGAGGCAUCUCUAAGCAACUGCUGGCUCCCAGGCCUCCUUCCCAGUGGUUUGUAAAGUUUAUGGCACAGCAGAUCUUUUCAGAGAGCCAUACUAUUGAGGGGGGAGUUUAUGUGGAUCCAUUGGCUUCAAAUCAGCCUGCCAAAUCUUUGUGGAGGCCUAAAGUUGAGCCCCAGGUUUUCUCAGGUCGUGAGAGUGCUGCCGUGGCAGAAGGCAUUUCUCUGAAGCAGCUUCCUUCACAGUCCUUCGGGAAGCCUAAAGACCCACACCACAUUUUCUCACAUUCAGGGAGUGUUCCUGUGAAGCGGAGCAGUUCUGAAGAACAGCUGCCUUUCAGACAACCUUCCCAAGGUGAGGGAGGGACUGAAUUACAGUCACAGGUUUUCUCAACAGGCUUGGGAAAAUCAUCUGUAGAACAUAGCCCUUUACAGCCUUUUGCAAACUUCAGCUAUCAGAAACCAAUUCAUUCCAGUUCCAUGAGUGCAAUUCCUGAGGGAACCACUUUAGAGAGCAAAGCCAACAGCCAUUCUCUACUAAAAGGUCCAGCUUCUCCAAACAAAACUAAGAAGCACAGCUCUGAAGACCUCACUAAGAACAUCCCAAUUCCUAUCACCAAACUUGAGAGGUUCAUCAGUGCCCCUGACUUGCAGAUAGCCAUUUCAGAGGGCACUUACUCUAAGGAAGAAGUUCUUGAGAGUGAGGGUCGAAGUGGUAACCAUUCAAAGUUACCCUCCAUUGGGACUGAUGCUGAAAACCUAUUUGGAGUCCGACUGAAAAAAGUCCCUUUCUUACAGAAGUACAAGAGUGAAAAACAAGGUAGCAUCACCAAACUUUCUUCAAUCUCCUUGGACCCAAUUUUACCUUCCAUAGGUAGAGAACAGCAAAUGAGAAGAAGCACAUCCCAGGGGCUCCUGGGCAUUACAGAGGACCUCACCACAAUCCCUGAAUUUGUAGAGAAGAAACAGAGAAGGCCCAUUUCUGAAACAAUAUCCCAGAAGCAAUCCAUUUACAAGAUCCCAGGAAAUUCUGACAGAAAGUCGGAGUAUGCCUCCUCAGAGCCAAGUUGGAUAGCCAUGGUGAAGCAGAAGAGUUUCCUGGAUCAUAUUCCUAUGAGUGAGUCAAAAUGCAAAAGCAGAUCUGGAGCCAAUGCUGAGACUAAGGAACACAGAAGUGAGGGAGCUGGCCUUGCACAUACCGAAUCAAAAAAGACUUUCACUUCCAAUACCAAUCAACAGGAGAAGAUGGCACUGAUGAAGCCACCUGUGUCUACCAAAGCAGAUGAAAACACACCUGUUCCUACCAAAGCAGAGGCUCCACCCUCAGGAGUUACCAGACUGGACCGAUACACCACCCCCUGUGAUCCACUCACCCUCUCCGACAUGGGCUGA